UCAUUUACGGAUGUCAAAUGAUUCGCAUAAUUUACAUCCUGGUAGUUGGCUUUGUAAGAUUGUUACAAUGUUCAAAUCAUAGUAACAUUCGCUCUAUAUUUUGAGAGAAGAGACAAAACAGACAUACUUAGACCCAGAACCUUCCGCGCCGUUCGGCUCAUUGGGCAGCAAGCUUUCUCAACAAUUUGUGAGUCUAAAGAGAGGAAAUAAAAAAUUAUUAAGCGAUAAAAUUAUUUUGACAUUUCUGAUUUAUACAAAAGCGAUCUUUUCUAAAAAAAAAUAAUAAUAUUUAAAUUUGAUGUAACGAAAACAAAAUGACAAUUCACUACAUUCUUUUUACUUUGAUUGGAACUUAUGAAUGGCGUUUUGUUGCUACACAAGACAAUAGGUAUUGCAGUAAUAGUGACUUCUGCUCGUAUAAGUGUCGCUGCUCUUCAUGUGAACCAAAUAGCGGACUUUGUGCAGUCAAUGCCACAUGUAACAAAGGAUGGUUUGGUCACAACUGUCAAUAUCAAGAUCUCAAACCAGAUAAAGUUGUAAUUGAACCACAACAAAUUAAUACGCAAUGGCUCAUGGACAACGAAGACAGUACCUGUAACGAAGGACUCUACAUCACCUCUCUGGUGAUCACUUUGAAUGACAUUUACCCAUUAACGUGGAUACGAAUUGUUCUCAAUGACACAAACAAGUUCUCUACUGUGAGACUUUUAUACGGCACUACAAAUGAAUGCCAAAAACCGGUUUGGUCUCGACCGAAUGAAAGGACCAUGGACAUAGGAUGUGAGAAAUCUGUCCCGAUCAAAACGUUAUCAAUAAUUGGAAACCUCGACUCUUUGUGUUCUGUGUAUAUAAAUGGAGGUCGCAAUGUCGCCUAUGGACAAAGGGCUUCACAAAGUUCAAACUUAAGCAACACCUAUUAUUUAGCGAACUUAGCUGUUGAUGGUGAUUAUAAUACGUUCAGCCAUACUGGAAGUGAAGAGCGUCCAAGAUUUAGUUUAACAUUCAACACUAACUAUCUAGUGACUCGAUUUCUUCUGUACAACAGAGCUAAUCUUUUAGAUAUGCUUCGAGGAUUUCGACUUCAGUCAUUCGAUACUAACAGUAUUAUCGUUGACAACCACAAGGACAUCUUAGUACAACCACAGAGUGUAUACGUCGUUAUUGGAAAUGCAUCUAUUCCGAUCUCAUCUCUUUCAGUGAAUGAAACUUCAAAAAUACCUCCAGCGCCAAACCCAUAUUUAGCUUUAAUGGAAAUAGAAGCUUAUGGAGAAUGCCCACCAGGAAAAUGGAGCCUCCCUUGUACUAGAAAUUGCAGUGAUUCCUGUCCUACCAGUUGCCAUAGAGACGACGGAGCGUGCAAUGCUGUUUGUGCUGGAUUUAGUAACCCACCAGAAUGUACUCAAGAUUGUAAAAGAGAGAACUGGGGAAUUAACUGUAACAACGAUUGCAGUCCAAAAUGUUUUAAUCUAUCGUGUGACAGUAGAACUGGACAGUGCGACCAAGGGUGCCUUGGGUAUAGUGACUCACCCUUAUGUACUAUAGAUUGUUUAACAGAGAACUGGGGAAUCAAUUGUAGUCGCAACUGUAGUGAUGGCUGUCUGAAUAAGACAUGUAUGGCUACAAAUGGCGCAUGCUUUGGAGGAUGUAAAGCUGGUUACCAGCUACCCGACUGCACUCAAGUUUGUCUCGAUGGUCAGUGGGGAAUCAACUGCAGUUUACCAUGUAACACUAAUUGUUAUAGCAAUAGCUGUCAUCCAGUAACAGGAAGCUGCAGCCUCGGCUGUAUUGAGGGAUACCAACUUCCCGAUUGUACACUGGCCUGUGACAAAGUGAAUUACGGAAGAAACUGUUCUCUCAAUUGUUCCGUCCACUGUAUCACUCAGGAGUGCAACACAACGGAAGGUUCCUGUUCAUGCCUGGCUGGUUACGAGGGAAGCACUUGUCAACAAAUGAACGAGAAUAGUGAAAGUCUACCUCAACAGACAAUUAUUGUCAUUGCAGCAUCUUUAGCAUCAGGGGCACUGUUAGCUAUUAUAAUUUGCCUUAUAGUCUUCAAAGUCAAAGGUAAAUUUUGCUUUGAAAGUAAGGUAAACACACGAAAACGAAAAAUUACAAACCCUCCAGUAAUACCAAAAGAUGAAGAUGCAUUUCAUAAUAUCGAUAAACAUGAGAACAUAGAGUACAACAACAUUAGUCAAGAUGAAAGUUUAAGCAAUUCUAACGCUUAUAGCAUGCCUGCAGUGCUUUUACAAGAUGAACAUGCUUAUCAGUUACCUGUCAUUAUCACAGAAAAAGAUUAUAGCAACUUUGACAUUCAACUAUUCGAUUCUCACCCGUAUGAAGCAGUUCAGACAAAGAAAGCCAUUCACUUCUAGAGAUAAAUGCAGAGAAAAGAUCGAUAGGUCAUGCCCAGUACCUCAACGGUUCAACAUUCUAAGGAACAGAUGAAAGGGAUGCCAUGUCCGAGAAAUAUGUUUUAACGUUUUAUAACAAACAUUCAAUUGUGACAAAGAGAAAUGGGAAAAUAAUCUCUUAUUUAUUUUUUUUACAAGCCAUACUCAUUUUCUAAUAA